AUGAAGCUUCAACUAUCAUCAGUGUUACUGGCGGUCGUCGCCACGGUCGUGGCGCAGGCCACCUUUUCAAACCCGGUCCUGUGGGAGGAUCUUGCCGACAUCGAGGUCAUACGCGUCAACGACACGUACUACUACACGGCCUCCACCAUGCACUACUCCCCCGGCGCCCCCGUGCUCAAGAGUUAUAACCUGGUGGACUGGGAGUUCGUCGGAAACUCCGUCCCCGAACUCGUCUUCGGCGACGAGUAUUACCUGAACGGCACCUCCCGUGCUUACGUCGACGGCAUCUGGGCGAGCAGCCUGCAAUACCGCGAGAGCAACGGCCUCUUCUACUGGUACGGUUGCAUCCAAUCGGGGGAGAUGAAGACUUGGGUCUUCACCGCCAGCGACCCGGCCGGGCCGUGGACCGCGCAGCCGCCCAUCAACGAGUGCUUCUAUGACGUGGGAAUCCUGGUCGACGACGACGACACCAUGUACGCCGCGUAUGGGAGGUAUAACAUCACUGUUGCCCAGCUCUCCCCCGACGGGCUGAAGCCGGUGAGGAAGGAGGUUGUUUGGGAAGAUUCGGUGCGGUAUCUAGAAGGAGCCCGAUUCUAUCACAUCAACUCGAGCUACUACAUCUGGUUGACCAGGCCCGCCGAUGGUCAGUACGUGCUGAAAGCGGAUAGCCCGUGGGGGCCGUACACCGAGCACACGGUCCUCGACAGGAUGGCAUCCCCGAUCCCGCACUCCGGGACGCCUCAUCAGGGCGGAAUCGUCGACACCCCCAACGGCGACUGGUGGUACAUGGCUUUCCUGGACGCAUACCCCAGCGGACGCAUCCCGGUUCUCGCGCCGCUGACUUGGGAUGAGGAGGGGUGGCCUCACAUCGUGACGGACGAAGCCGGCGGCUGGGGCAAGACAUACCCGGUACCCGUCGAGACCGACAAGAAGGUCAACGCGGCCGGCGAGUACACAGACACCUUUGACGGCCCCGCGCUCUCCCCUCAAUGGGCCUUCAACCACAACCCUGACAACUCGGCCUGGGAGCUGGGCGCCGAAGGACUCACGCUCCACACGGCGACGGUCACCGACGACCUCUACAGCGCGCGCAACACCCUCGCCCAUCGGAUCCUGGGGCCCAAGAGCAGCGGCACGUUCCGCCUCAACCUCGGCAACAUGGCCGACGGCGACGUGGCCGGCCUCUCCAUCUUCCGCGACGAGUCGGCUUACAUCGGCUUCCGGAAGGCGGGCGACUCCCUCGUGCUCGUCGCCGUGCACGACGUCAUCGCUUCCGAGAGCACCGGCUGGCAAACCACUUCCAACGGCACCGUCGUGGCCACGGCGACCGCGUCCGACAUUGACUUGUCCGGGGUUGCCGAUGGGACUGCGGACGUCUACCUCCGCAUCGUCGCCGAUCUGCACCCCACGUUCGGGGUCGCCGCGAACAACCCGGCCCAGCUGCUGUACUCCAUCGACGGAGAGAACUUCACGCAGCUGGGCCCCGACUACUGGUGCCACAACAGGUGGCAGUACUUCUUGGCCUUCCGAUUCGCCGUCUUCAACUACGCGACGAAGGCACUGGGGGGCUCAGUGCUGGUGAAGGAGUUUACCCUCCAGCUAGUGGAGUAG